AUUGCUAGACUCCGGGGCUUACUGUAGUGGCCGCGUGCGACUGCAACGCGGGUCGUGGCGGCGAUUUGGUGCUGCUGGGUCAGCAUGCGGUGUGCGAGUCCAGCUGCCUUGCUGGCCUUUUGCGCCGGGCUCUGGGCCUCUAACCCGGUGCUGACUCAGGGCCAGGAGGUCAAGGGGCAGCCCGGGGCUGACUGUGAAGUAUGUAAAGAAGUGGACACCAUAGAAAAAGAACUGAUCAGCUUUUGCCUGGAUGCCAAAGGAAAAGAAAACCGCCUGUGCUAUUAUUUAGGAGCCACAAAAGAUGCAGCCACCAAGAUCCUAAGUGAAGUCACACGCCCCAUGAGUGUGCACAUGCCUGCAGUGAAAGUUUGUGAGAAGCUGAAGAGGAAGGACAGUCAGAUCUGUGAGCUGAAAUAUGAAAAGAAGCUGGACUUGGCGUCAGUGGACCUGUGGAAGAUGAGAGUUGCAGAGCUGAAACAGAUACUGCACAGCUGGGGGGAAGAGUGCAGGGCCUGUGCAGAAAAAACUGACUAUGUGAAUCUGAUCAAAGAGCUGGCCCCCAAGUACAUAGGAACACACCCCAGAACAGAGCUCUGACCUUGGACCACACUUUGCAUUAUAGUUAGAGGGAAAAUGAUUCUGGGAUAUAGAUGUGUUGGUUAAGGCCAACCAGGAAUGACACUGUGUUGGGUCUCAGACUUUUUGCCUCAAUAUUAUACCUCAAAAAUUUGUUACUUAGGCUUAUAACUAAAAUUACAAACAUUACUGGCAUGUCCCAUUUGUAUUGAACCAGAGCUUAAAAGUACCUUUCUUAUAAUUUUCUUGGAAGAACAAGGCAAGUUAUCGUUGCCCACCUCCUAAAAUUGGGAAAAGUGAGCUACUGAAAAUUGAUGGAAUGAGUUGAUUCUAAGAGCAAAGGCAUCUAUUUAUAUGAGAUUUGAAAAUUAAAUACAUUGGAUUGGAACAAAAGAAAUAACAGCUUAUCAAAUGUAGAACUUCAACCCCAAUAAUUGCCUACAUAAUCAAAAACUUUCUUUUAAAGUAAACUUCCUGUUUUUGACUGCAAAUCACUCCAUUCUUUGGCAAACUGUAAGGCAGGGCUAGUUUGGAUUUCCCAUCUCAAGAAAAUCUACUUAAACCUUAAAGAAACUAGUUGAAGAAUCCACAUAAGGAGAGUCAAUGUCGUGGCAAAUUGUAUCCACACUCUCAUUGCUAAGUGAGCUGAGCUCAAGCUCUUUGUCAUUCUUUAUUAUCACAUAUUGGAAAAGCUUCCGAUAGUGGGGCUUUAUGGUUUUUAAUGCUAUUUUAUCAGCUUUCACAUUGUUUUACAUUUUUUCUUUUUUUGUGGUGCUGGGGAUCGAACAUGCACAUGCUGAUCAACUUUAAAUUGUGAAAUCAUUUUCAGUUCUAUUGCCUGGCCACAGAAGAAUAAGAAGGGCCUGGUAGAGGUGGUUGCCUCUCCCUCAGAGGUAGAGGUGGGCAGGCACUCAAGAGCUGCAUUCCCUUGGAAUUUUCUGGGUGAUGGGAAUAUCCUAUGUCUAGACUGGAGUAUUGACAAAUGUGAUUGUCAGACUCAUCCCACAGUACAGUGAAGAUCUGGACAUCUGUUAUAUGUAAAUUAUGUCUAAAAAUUGCUGUAAGAAUUACUUGAAAUUUACCUAGAACUAAUUGAUUCAAAAUAACUUAGUUGUUUAACGACUUUCAUCUAAUGGCUGGGUUUACAUUUGAGGAGUGGAAAAGAAGUUUCCCAGCCUAUAAGCACCAUUGAAAGUAGAAGAUUCAUUUUUAAAUGCUGCAGAGGUAAAUGAGUUUUCUACUGGAGACUAUAGGAUGUAACCAAACUUGUCAGAGAAUUACAGGUUCCCAACAAGAUACUUAUAUCAUGUAACUGAAAAAACUGAGAAUAAAAAAACUUUUGGUGUAACGAAUAGCCAAACAUUGUUAUUGUUUCUGGAUUUUGGCAGUUUCAUUAUCAUGUUUAA